GGCUUUGCCGCCAUCUGAAGCCAAUGCCACUUCAAACUAAUUUACCAGACACCAUUUAUGAUUCUCCCAAACAUGUACCCACUACUGAUAUGAAACAUGAUCAUCCCUCAGAUCUUCUUCUUCUUCUUCUCCACCCUUCUGAAUCUCUCCUCAUCUUUUGCAUCACAGGUCUCUAUCUCCGUCGCCCCACCUACCGUCCUCAGAUCGGGCGACCCGAUCACGAUCCGAUGGUCCGGCAUUGACUCCCCAUCCAAGCUCGACUGGGUCGGGAUCUACUCGCCGCCCGAUUCAUCCAACAAAAACUUCAUCGGGUACUUCUUCCUUUCCUCCUCGCCCGGAUGGGAGGCCGGAUCUGGCUCCAUUUCCUUCCCGCUCGUCAACCUCCGAUCCGCAUACCAGUUCCGGAUCUUCCGAUGGUCGGAGUCCGAGAUCAACCCCAGGCGCCAAGACCACGACCAGAACCCGCUGCCCGGGACGAAGCACCUGCUGGCUCGGUCCGACGAGAUCCGGUUCGAGACUGGCCGCGGGCCCGAGCAGAUCCGUCUGGCCGUGACGGGCCGGGAGGGCGAGAUGCGUGUCAUGUUCGUCACGCCCGAUGGGAAGGAGAGCUCGAUUAGAUAUGGGUUGACCCGGGGGAAUCUGGAUCGGGUCGUGGGUACUGAGGUGGGGCGGUACGAAAGAGAGGACAUGUGUGAUGCUCCAGCUAAUCAGAGCAUUGGGUGGAGAGAUCCUGGGUACAUACAUGAUGGGGUUGGGAGUAAUGCCGGAGGUUGGAGUACAACUCACUCUUUUGUGUCUCCUCCACAUGGGGACUCAAGCGAGACAAUAGCUUUCUUAUUCGGAGACAUGGGGACUGCAACGCCUUACACUACUUUUGUGCGCACCCAAAACGAAAGCAUAUCGACACUUAAAUGGAUUGCCCGUGACAUAGAAGCCCUCGGGGACAAACCUGCCCUUGUGUCCCACAUUGGUGACAUCAGCUAUGCUAGGGGCUAUGCUUGGUUGUGGGACAACUUCUUUGCUCAGAUAGAGCCUGUUGCAUCCAGAGUCCCUUACCAUGUUUGCAUCGGUAACCAUGAGUACGAUUGGCUACUGCAGCCUUGGAAACCAGAAUGGUCUAGCUAUGGAAAGGACGGUGGAGGUGAAUGUGGGGUGCCCUACAGUCUUAGGUUCCAUAUGCCCGGAAAUUCAUCCGAACCGACCGGGAUGCGUGCUCCGCCCACCCGGAAUCUGUACUACUCGUUUGAUUUUGGACUCCUGCAUUUCGUUUUCAUGUCAACCGAAACCAAUUUCCUUCGCGGCAGCAAGCAAUACGACUUCUUGAAGAACGACUUAGAAUCGGUUGAUAGGAAAAAGACCCCAUAUGUGGUGUUUCAAGGACACAGACCAAUGUAUACUACAAGCAAUGAGUACAGAGAUGCCCCUAUUAGGCAAAAAAUGCUAGAGCACCUAGAGCCUCUUCUAGUGAGCAACAAUGUAAGUCUUGCACUGUGGGGCCACGUUCACAGGUACGAGAGGUUCUGCCCGCUAAACAACUUCACAUGUGGAAGCCUAGGGUUGAAUGGGGAGCGAUGGCAGGCUUUCCCGGUGCAUGUCGUGAUUGGGAUGGCCGGACAGGAUUGGCAGCCCAUAUGGGAACCGCGGGCGGCCCACCCAGAUGUUCCGGUAUUCCCCCAACCCGUGAGGUCUCUGUAUCGCGGGGGCCAGUUUGGGUACACGAAACUCGUUGCUACAAAGGAGAAACUCAAGUUUUCUUAUAUUGGAAACCAUGAUGGGGAAGUGCACGACUCAGUAGAGAUAUUGGCUUCAGGUCAAGUUCUCAAUGGCGAUGGUGCCAGCAGCAGCAGCAGCAUUAACACUGUGGUUGAUAGGAGACAGAAGAGCGACGAGCCUAAAGUAAUGAGAGGAUGGGAUGAGUCCGAAUUGGCAUGGCUUCUCAAAGAUGUUGGGUUAUUAGUGUUAGGAGUUGUCAUUGGUUGUGUAAUAGGGUACUUAUCGCGCGCAAGGGGCUCGCCUCCCAAAUGGGUUCCUAUAAAGAAUGAGGAUUCAUGAGUGUUCUUGAUUCAAUCUGGAGGAUUUAUCAGCGUUCUUGAUGCAAUCAGGCCGGUUCUGGGGACCCUUGGAAUGGGUUCAUUCAUUUGUGUUUGAAGAUUAACUAGCUUUUGGCCUUCCUUGAGCUUUGAUGGUAAUCUUUUGCUUUGUAUAUGUUUACACUUUGUUAGGUGUUUAUUAAUUCAUACUAUUGUUACUAUAUGGAGGUGUACAUAUAUGAGACUGUAAAUGUGUUGUGCUACUAAGUAGAACUGAACCUGCGAUAAAACCAAUCAAAGUACUGGUUCCUGCUUGAACUAGUGGUUUGUCUGGUUGAAUAUGUGUGUGUGUGUGAUGAGUAAACAAAACAGUACUUCAUCU